CGCCCGGUGGAGAGCACUGAGGUUUCCAGAAUCUGAAGCUCGCCUGCUGGUUGGCCGGGGUCACUGACCUUCUCCUCGCUGACGUUUCACCCUGUCCAGGCCUGGUGCUGGUGAACGGUCGGUCUCAACGCGCGAAGGGAAUGGUCGGUCGAAACUCGCGUAUAUAACGACCAGAUGGAAAGCGCAUCUAUUCCAUCUCUACCGGUCCACACACCCGUCUCAACGCACUCGAGAGCUCACAACUACACUGCAUGGCGACUAUUGAGAGGCAAGAAUCGGUCAUACAAACCAUUCAGAUCCGCGCCAUCCCCUUGGCCCCGGAGGAUCUGAAGGCUCUUCCCAAGCCCGAACCCCUACAGAAGCUCGACAUUGAGCAUGCGGUCGUCCAGGACGACCCUCGAGAGUGGUCGAACACUCGCAAGUAUACCGUGGUAGUCAUCAUUUGUGCCGCUGCCAUGAUUGCAGGCUUGGGCGGUAACCUCUACAACCCUGCCAUCGCCGAGGUUGAGGCUGACUUGCAUGCCUCGAGCGAACAAGUCAGCUUGACUGUCUCGCUGUUUAUCCUCAUACAAGGCGGGUUUCCUGUGUUCUGGAGUGCUAUCAGUGAAAUCCACGGACGGAAGGUGGUUUAUCUAGUUUCCAUAUCAUUAUGCACGGUGGGAUGCAUCGUAGAAGCCCUCUCAAAAAGCAUCGACGUGCUCAUUGGAAUGCGAUGCCUACAAGCAGCGGGGGCAAGUGCGGUCGUGACCAUUGGCGCAGCGACUUUGGCGGAUCUGUAUGAGCCAGCAGAACGAGGAACUAUGAUGGGAAUUUACUUGUGCGCUCCACUCCUCGGUCCCUCUCUUGGACCAAUCAUCGGCGGCAUACUUGCUCAGGUUUUCAACUGGCGCGCGACGUUCUGGUUCCUGGUCAUCUUCACAGGUCUCUGUAUCAUUCCCUUCGUGUGGUUCAGGGACACGUUUCGUCGAUUCCAGGGCGAGAGACUCGGAGAGCGGAGUUUCCAAGGACACACUGCAGAGCACCCUUGCCGCCCCGAGUCCUCUGACGACAUACACGCGGAGGUGAAGAGCGAGUGUAGCUCCGUGGAAACCAAGAUCGGCGACGUGGAUCUGGAAGCCCAUGUUCCGAAGCUUGGCGAUGGAUCGACACCCAAGAAAUUGAAGCUGUCGCUCAGAGACGUCAACCCGGUGGGACCCAUGAUUCAAGUCCUACGGCACCCCAACAACGUUGUUAUCAUUAUUGCUUCAGCAUUAUUGUUCGCUUUCGAGUAUAGCAUACUGUACACUGCAUCAUUAACGCUUGCCGACGAAUACCAUUACGACUCCCUGAAGAUUGGUUUGGUUCUUCUCUCUUUUGGCUUCGGUGCGCUUCUCGGAAGCAUCCUCGGAGGACGCUACUCCGAUUAUGUCCUUGUGAAGAUGAGACAAAGCCAUGACGGCAAGAGCUCUCCUGAAAUGCGCCUCAAAGCACGAUGUAUCCCAUGCUCUUCCUUCCAGCCUCGAUCGUUGCCUACGGUUGGGUGUGUGAGGACAUGUGCACGAAUCUGCCGUGUGUGUGUUUCUAUUCCUGUCCGGCUUCCUCAUGAUCACCAUCUACUCGAGCACGUUAGCCUAUAUGUCGACGCGAAUACUGGGCGAUCGUCUUCGGCGGUUGCAACGAACAGCUGUGCACGAGGUCUGUCUGGCUUCGUCGCCGCGGAAAUCGCCGUCCCCUUGCAGGAUGCUCUCGGCGACGGAGGACUGUAUACCCUGUGGGGUGGCUUGGUUGUAUUGGCAGAACUGCUGAUAAGCUGUCAAAUCAAAACCCAUAUAUCUUCCUUCUUCGACAUACUUGCGGGGUUCAGCAGAGCGACCUCGCUAGAGACUAAGUUCAAUAGA